CACCGGUCUCAGUGAGGAAAGCGCCACGUUGGAAUGAACAGAGGAACAGACACCAUGUCCUGUCUUCACAUCAGAGGGGUUUUCCUCACUCUGUGUUUGGCUCCAACUGCUUUGUCGAGCCUGCACCCUGAAUGUGAGUACAUAUAUCAGCUGGAGAAAGAGGAGCGUCACUGCCUUCAGUACAUUGCAGAGCAGGGCAACAGAAGCACAGAAGGUUGUCGGCCAUUCUGGGAUGCGGUCGCCUGCUGGCCUCAUGCAGCCGUUGGGGAGACAGUCCAGAGAGCUUGUCCUGCUGUCCUCUCCCUCUUCAGAAACAACACAGGUUCAGUGAGUCGUAACUGCCUCAGUGGAGGUUGGUCCAUGCCUUUCCCACCGUACCUCGUCGCCUGCAGCGUGGAUGAUGACAUUCCUGAGGCAGAGCAGUCGUACUUUGCCACAGUGAAGUUGAUCUACACCUUCGGCUACAGCAUCUCUCUAGUGGUGCUGGUUGUUGCUGUGUUGAUCCUGUUGCUCUUUAGGAGGCUCCGUUGUGCCAGGAACUUCAUUCACAUCCAGCUCUUCAUCACAUUUAUCCUGAAAGCUGUAGCAGUUUUCAUUAAGGAUGCAACUCUCUUCUCCAGUGAUGACACCAACCACUGCACCCUUUCCACAUUUGCCUGUAAGGCCGCUGUAGUCUUCUGUCACUACUGUAUAAUGUCCAAUUUUUUCUGGCUCCUGGUGGAGGCGCUCUACCUCAAUUCCCUGCUGCUCUCGUCCUUUUAUCACAGCCGUCGGUGCCUCUGGGGCUUCAGCCUGCUGGGAUGGGGUGUACCUGUGCUCUUCAUCAUGCUGUGGAUUGGAUCCAGGCUGUAUUUUGAGGACACAGAAUGUUGGGACAUCAACGAGGACUCGCCCUAUUGGUGGAUCAUCAAGGGACCUAUUGUUGUGUCCAUAGCGGUCAACUUCAUUCUCCUCAUGAACAUCAUCAGAAUUCUGAUACAGAAGCUGAAUCCCCGGCUGAUCCACUUCAAUAACUCCUCUCAGUACAGACGCCUGACUAAGUCCACCCUCCUCCUCAUCCCUUUGUUUGGCACUCACUACAUGGUCUUCAAUUUUCUGCCCGACUACUUCAAUGUUAGCCUGCGCUUCUGUAUCGAGCUCUGCAUUGGAUCCUUCCAGGGGCUUCUUGUAGCGAUCCUCUAUUGCUUCCUCAAUCAGGAGGUCCAGAAAGAGGUCCACAUGCAGUGGCUGAGGUGGCAGGAGGGGAGCUAUGGUGUGGUGUCACCUGCUGCAAAAUGCAGCCAGAUGGACACACCCUUCUAGUGGUGGCCCUCACUCUUCUCUUAUAGGUCUUCAGCUAAUAAGACAUUCACCAAGAAUUGCUUCUGUGCAGGUCACUGGCUCCAGCGGGUGUUGGCCACAUGAUCCUGAAAUCAUUUGACAUUUUACACACAUUUUAAGACAGAGCCUGUGAAUCUCAUAUGCAUUUCCCAUAAGACACUGUGGUAACAAAUUUAUAAAGAUCAGCUCCGAGAUGUCCUCGUAGCCUCACUGGUCAAAUUAAAGAAUUGCAAACUUUGCAGAGCUGAGAUUUAGCCUAAUGAUAGAAGAAUAAUCAAUUACCAAGUAAAUAGUUUCACCAGAUAACCCACAAACUGACAAACUGUCUUGCUCAGUGUUUAAUGCAAUCACUGAUGCUGUAGCAAAACCUGCUGAACAUUUGAUAUCCAGACUUUUUCCUAUGGAGCCGACCCACAAAUGAUUCAUCACUCAGCUGAGUAGUUGAAAUGGGUCAUCAUUAGGGACACGCCAAUGCAAUACUGAUGUCUGAUAUCUGUCCAAUACUGAUUCAAAUAGCUGGAUUAGGUAUCAUGACAAUGUGGCCCGUUUUAUUAAGUUCAGUUCCAUGUGUAUCUCGGAUUACAUGUGCACAUACUACGUAAUGUCUCAGCAGUGCUGGUAGACCCCAUAGUAGAGGGAGCUGACAACAAACACGUCAGCUGUAAGGGUGUGUUUCCUGCUUGCUAUGUCACCAAGUUACGGUUACUGGUGUACGAUCUAUUAUUUUAAUAUUAAUAAAUUCACAAAAUUUAAACCUAUGUAUUUAUUUGUUACAUUUUGAUUUAUAGAUUUAGGAACACAAUGUUUAAGUCAAGCCUGAUGUUGCCUUACAUAUGAAAUAUAUACUGUAAGAAUGAUCCCAGUCACUUCAACACAGUGAGGCAUACAGCUCAUUAAUAAAACACUGGUAGCAGUAUCUGGACUGAAAACAUUGGAUUGGUGCAUCCCUGGUUAUGUUUUAUGACUUUCAUAUUAUUCAGUGCUAUAAUAACAUUGUAUUACACAAUAUAUUACUCAUAUUAUCUCAGACUGUGGGAGGCAUUCUUUGAUUUUUAUGAGUUGUUCAGCACACUGAGAUUUUCCCUAAGUGUGUGUAUGCUUUGUUGUGGUCUUUGUAUUUAUUUAAAAAAGAAAUUUGGUGUAAUAUUAUUUAUUUAUUGUCAGUAAGGAUCAAGGUCAAAAUCAAAUACCUCACUUGCAGCUUAAUGAAUGAAUAUCUCAAAGUGUACUCGUGAUCAGCUGAGGCAUCAGCUACUACAGUCUGUUUGAGUGAAAACCUGGACACCCUUGAACUUUGAUGGCACAACGUUGAGAGCCACUUCACUGUGUACUUGUACUUGCGUGUUGUGUGUUGUCAUGUCAUGUGGUCGCUUCCACCAAUAUGAAAGAAAACCUCCACUGCCAUCUGCAAGUCAGCAAAGGACUAAAAAACACAAACAGAAAUAAUUCUUAAUUAUUUGAUAUCAAUAUAUAUGAUGCUUACUUAUUGUACAGUGUUUUGACAUGCAUGGUUAAAAAGGACUGAUAAAACUACAACUCCCAUAAUCACCAAAUUUGCAUUAGAUCUCUUUUUGUUAGAAAUUUAGACUGUUGGUGUAAUUUUUGUGUUGUAAACUGAUGUAAAUAUUUCCAUCAAGAUAAAAGAUCAUGCAAAAUAUUGAAUCACUGCCCAGUUCUGCACCGUCCACAAUCCCCUUGUUACAAUAUAUAUUUUUUUUUGUAAAUGAAACAUUUGCCUUAAACUAAAUGUUUAAACUAGUCUCUAUUGUUUCACAGUCACUUCUAUCUGUUGUUGCAUUAGAUGUUGCUGCUUUCCUUGUGCCUCUGUGGUGUUUUAAUGCCUUGGUCUUGCAAGUUAAAGCAUAAAAAUGUUUACUGUGGCUCUCUGCAACCUCUCUCACAGAAUAAAGAUAUCAGCUGGCAGCUACAAAGUGUUAAAUCAUCAAUCAUGAUAAAAGCUACGACCGUCAAAGUCAUUGUGGCUGCACGUAGCUCAUACACAGUAGAUGCAAUCUGAAUACAAUGUGUGCUGAUAUUAGAACACUAUAAAAUUAUUUUAAUAUUUUUUUCCCCAAU